CAGCUGUGAACCCUCGCCGUCGCCAUGGAGACGGGCCCGCGGCCUGACCCGCGCCCCGGAGCCUGCGCUCCGCUUGGGCCGCCGUGAAGAAGGGCAGCCGCCAUCGCCCUCCCGCUCUCGGGCAUGAGGCGGAACGUGGCCGCAGGGAGACACCGCAAGCUGUGGGAAGUUGUUGAAUCCAUUUAUGGACAGAAGAGAAAACUGUUGGACUUAUGAAAACACUUUAAGAGCUACAUGAUUGGAUUAAAAGACGCCUGAGCUGUGAAACUGAGGCUAUCGUCUUGAGGUUGGGAUGAACAUCUGCAGGAAACCACCCAACAAGACAGCCCCAGAGAAGAGUGACGAAGCGGUUCUUGAGGUCUAUCCGCAGCAAGCCCGGAGAAAUGGCUGGAGCUGGCCUCCACAUCCCUUCCAGUUCCUUGCCUGGCUGCUGUACUUCUUCUUUGCCCUCGUGGGCUUUGGCAUCCUUGUGCCACUCCUACCUGUUCACUGGGUGCCUGCUGGAUAUAUUUGUCCUGGGAUAUUUUUUCUCUGCCAUCUAAUUGUUCAUCUUACGGCCGUUUCUGUUGACCCAGCCGAUGACAGCGUGCGACAGAAGAAUUACAAGGGGCCACUGGCUGCAUUCAGUCGGAGCCAGCAUUCUCAUGUCAUUGAAAACCGCCACUGUCACAUCUGUGAUGUUGAUGUGAGCUCUAGAUCAAAGCACUGUGGGACCUGCAACAAAUGUGUGUGUGGAUUUGACCAUCACUGCAUGUGGCUCAACAAUUGUGUGGGACAGAGGAACUAUUGGCUCUUUCUGAACAGUGUGAUAUCUGCCAUCCUUGGCCUUCUCCUAAUCUUGCUUGUCGCUUUCUACGUCUUUGUGGAGUUUUUCCUUAACCCUAUGAGGUUGCGCACUGACCAGCACUUUGAAGACUUGAAGAACCAAACAGAUGUAUGGUUUGUGUUCCUCCCUGCUGCCCCCAUUGAGACCCAGGGACCAGCCAUUAUUGCUUUGGCCGGAGUGCUGAUUGUCCUGGGGUUGCUGACUCUGUUUUUAUUGGGCCACUUGCUGAUCUUCCACAUUUAUCUCAUGUGCCAUCGAAUAACCACCUAUGAGUACAUUGUGCAACAGCGUCCCUCACAGGAGAUGAAAGAUCCAGACAAGCAGCUAGAAUCCUUUUCUCCCCAAGUGAAGCCCAUUCAGGAAAUAGAGUUUUAUACAAGAAACUUUGGCUAUACCAAUCCUGAGAUUCAGCUAGAAGACUCUUCUGGAUUGGCAUCUGGAAAAGACUUAUCCACAUUCUGCAUCCACAGUGAUGGAACAGAGUCCAAAACCGUCCUAUUCCCUGAACAGUUCGAAGCACAGACCAGAGACCAGCCAAAGUUGCAAAAAAAGAAGAAAAGAAAAAAGAGAAAAAAGUUGCAUAAGACACCUUCUUCAUUGCAGAAAGACAGAUUGAAGAUGAGCACAGUUCCAUGGUCUGCGCCUCUUCCAGAUUUACAGCCAGAAUCGUCCCUCUCUGCUGCCACCUCUUCAGCCUCCUCCUCCCCCAGCCUCUGCCUCUCGGUGCCGCCCGUCCUUCCUAAAGCCGCCACGCCCCCAGGCAGCAACGGUCCUGUCCAGGCCGCGGGCCCACCGGCUGAUUACCAUUCGGAGUCAGCAGAGUCCAUGGAAGAAAUCCCUGUGGCUCAGACACGUCUGGGGAGCAGUGCCCCCAAUGCAGCUCCCAAGGGAAGUUCUCGGCAUCUCCCUUUGCCCGCAGCCCACUUCCGAGGGGAAGGGCAGAUGCACCCGAAUGCUGGGCCCAGCACAGAAAGCAAGAACUGCCAGGUGCCUCCAGGGAAGCAGAUGGAGGAGCUACAACUCUCUCCUCAGAUCCCAGCUGUGUUUGUGAGCAGAAGCAGCGGGGAGCCACCUGUCCUCAGCCCCUUGUCUGAAGACAUGUCGUCUGAACUUUCUCACAGAAAACACUCCAGCAAACGGCACAAAGCAGGCCACAAGGACAGUCACAUGUGGGAGUCAAGUGCCAGUUCAACAGCAGCUUAAAGACUUGGUGUCCUAGAAGCCAUAACAUCCAAGGCGAAACGGGGGCAUGGGGAUUGCUCGUUUUCCAAAUAUAUUUCUGUUCAAGGAAUUAAUCUUGAGUGAUCUGUCUUGCUCUCUGGAGCUGACUGGUCUUGGCUCCUGGGUCCUUGCCUUUUUUGUGUGACGGGGAAUAGGUUUAUUCCAUAACUUAGAAAACUCCUGCAACCAGACAGAACAAAGCCUGAAUGUCCAUAGUCUUCCUUCAAAGUUUGAUCAGAAGUCUGAACAUUUCCCAGCUGACAAGGAGAUGCUUGUUUUUUUUAUCCCAAGCGGUCUUGUUUACCUUCUCUUGCCUUUUGCUUAGUACAGCGUGUCUCCAUGGGAUGGGGUAAGGUGUUAAAAACAGCUGCAUUGUAAUACUUGUCCUCAACUGGCAUUCAUUGACAUCUUUUUUUCAGAGAAAGGGUUAUUUUUCCCAUCUCUGAAUAGGAAGCUGCAAAGAGUAUGACACCCCAUACAGCAGGCCUGGGAAUCAUGCAACUCCGUUGGACUGCAACAACCAGCAGUCUUCACCCUGCCAUACACGUCUUUGCUCUUCUGAAAUGGUUUAUUCAUUUAUUCUGUUGCAAACUUUAUUUUAAAGUGUUGAGAGGGCAGAGUCCUUUUGUAUCAGUUCUCACCACUGUGCUUGAAAUACCAUCAUUACUUUCUCAACAAAAUCAUGCUGCAUUGGGGACAAAAUCUACUUUUUUUCCAGCCUCUAGUUACUCCCUUCUCUUUUGGAGAACAACCACCUGGUGGCAGCUAUAAUUUACAUCCAGAGGGUCCCAUUCCUGACAUUUUCAUUAAAAAAGAAUCUGGUUGCAGUGGACGGAGAAGACACUUGCCUGAGGCCCUAGAGAGCGACUGCUGGGCAAAACAGCCAGCAUUGUCUGGUAUUGUAAGGCAGCUUCUUACAUUCAUGCAGCAAUAUUCUAACACACCUUGAAUAGCUCAGAUAACAAUAAAACAUUUCUACAGUUUUAACAAGA